UAACAACCAAGGUAGGCGCAUGAGUCAGUUCAGUACGCGAACCGAGAAUAUCCACACUGUUUCGAGUUUCAGUCAAUGAAAAUUAUUCGGAAAGCGUAGCUGGGAAAGCUUCGACCAUCCUGUGACGUCAAUGCUUAGCUCCCAAUAGCGUGCGCAUUCGAAUAUUGAUUAUUCGGGAACAUGGCUGAUCUGUGAAAACAUAUGGAGAAAACCGAUUCCAAAUUUACAACAUGAAAUUCACUUUCAUAUGCAUUGUCAUCGUCAUAUCAUGUAGUGUUUGUGCUUGUAACGAUUUGGACAUAUUUUCCGGUUCUCCAGGCUUCCGGAACUCGCCUCAGCUCACUCUGGAAUCUGCCGGCUUCGACCUUAAAAAUACCACUUUCGGGUCUUUUAACGCCAAAUACUGUUGACAGUCUCUAAUAUCCAUUUUUAGAUAACGUUAUUUUAGGACUAAAAUUGUCGUGAAGUGUAUAUUUUCUGCGCGGGUUUAAAAAUUAUAAUUUUUUUCGCCUUUGUAAAUAAUUUAAAUCAUUGUCAAAAUAACUGUCAAAGUUGAUGUUGAUAUUUUGAUCUGCUCCUGUAAAAGAUAAAAGUUUUGGUGUUUUUUGGAAGAUAAAGUAGUGGCUAAUAAUUAAUUGAGUGUUUAUAAACAAAAACAUUUCAGUAUAUAGUGGUUUAAAACUUAUUUCCCCCUAAAUGGGGGAUAAAAGUGAGUCAGGGACGUCUCUUGUGACGCGAGUGACUGCGGAUAAUGGUGAUAUUAUUAGUAAAAUGGAAUUGAAUAUGCAAGAUGAUGGACAAAAUGCGAGACCGAAGAUUAAACAAUUCAAUUUGCUUUCAGAUAAGUAUAAUCUUGAUAAUAUUUGGGUUUACAUUGAAAGGAUUGGUGAUGAUCUUAAUUUGGGAAAAUUACAUGCAAUGACGAUUGGGCACCUUAUUUUUAAAAAAUUAAAGUUAACGAAUGUUCGAGAAAUUAAAAGUAUAGGUAGGAACCGUGUAAAAGUUUUGCUUACUUCUCGGUUAGAGGCAAAUAACCUCGUCAAUAACAGCUCACUUAAAGAACAAAAUUUGAAAGCAUAUAUUCCUAGUCAUUUACUAGAAAUAAAAGGUGUGGUGAAAGACGUUGACACUAGAUAUGAUGUGAAAUAUCUCAUGGAUAACAUCGAAACUCCUUCUAAUGUUUUGAGUAUAUAUAGGACUAAGCGUAGGGUACAAAAAGAAGAUAAAAUUGAAUAUGUGGACAAAAAAACUAUAAUUAUAACUUUUGAAGGCAAUAUUUUACCGAAUUAUGUUGCCUUUAAUAGAGUAUAUUUUUCUGUUGAACAGUUUUUUGGCCGAGUUGUUCAAUGUUAUAAGUGUUUAAAAUUUGGGCAUGUUUCAGGGCAAUGCCGAAGUACACAGGAACUAUGUAUACAGUGCGGUGAAAUUAAAAAUAAAGACCAUCAUUGCGAAAAAAGUAUGUUUUGUAUACAUUGCAAAAAUAACGAACAUGUGACAAUAUCAAAAAAAUGUCCAUUUUAUGAAAAACAAAAGAAAAUUAAGAAUAUUAUGAUAGAACAAAAAACUACUUUUGUGGAAGCUAGAUUAAUAUGUGAAAACUCCUUUUCGGCACUCAUCAGUCCCAACUCUUUCUCUUGUUUAAAUAAUAAUGAAAAAGAAUUUCCAUCCCUACCAAUUAAUAAUAAUGAUAAAAAUCUUGGUCCGACUCGGCCAACUGUAGAAAUUAAUAGAUCUCAAUUUUUGACUCAAUCAAACUCUAAUAUAAAUAAUUCAAAUGAACACUCAGGAAAGAAAAGAAAAGCAAAUUCACCUAUUUUAGAAUCAACAUCUCAUAAACCGAUGUUCCCCUUCACUUUUGGACCGUCUCAACAUUUGCCAACUAAUUCUUAUACACCGAAUAAUAAUAUCGAAAAUAAAACUGAACUAGCUAAAUCUGUAGCAACAUUUAUAAUAAACUUUUUAAAAAAUAUUCAUACAGUAGAAGACAUAAAAACCUUAGACAACAAAAUAAUUAUUAAAGAAGUAGAACAGUUCAUAAUUAAUUCAUAAUGUCAAUACAACAUAAUUUAAAAAUAAGUCAGUGGAAUUCCAGAUCUGCUAUAUCAAACAAAGGUAGUUUAAUGCAUUAUUUAAAUAAUAAAAGUAUAGACAUCCUCCUAAUUAGUGAAACAUGGUUCAAAAAAGAUAUUAGUUAUCAUUUUAAAAAUUAUAAUUUGGUUAGAAAAGACAGAAAUGAUGGCUUCGGUGGUGUAGCUAUUCUCAUCCACAAUUCAAUUACUUUUAGUGAAUUAAAUUUAAACUCUAAUUUUAACACGGAAAUAGAAGUUUGUGGUGUAACAAUUAAAUAUAAAACAAAGGAUCUGAAUAUUUUAUCUAUAUAUAGACCACCUAAAAGUAAAAGUUCAAUAAAUGAUUGGACAAACAUCUUCUCGCAAGUUAAUAAUUCAGCAAUUAUAGGAGGAGAUUUUAAUGCUCACCAUACUAUUUGGGGAUCUAGUUACAAUGACACAGUUGGAACACAGCUUAUUAAUACUGCAGAUGAUCUCAACCUUAUCGUAAUAAAUAAUGGCGAGCCUACUGUUCUUACCCGACCAGAUCAAAAUAGUUCAGCAAUUGAUGUAACUUUUGUUACUCCUGACAUAGCUAAUAAAAUCCACUGGUACAUACAUUCUGACACACUAGGCUCUAAUCAUUUUAUUAUCAAUAUGGAAAUAUUAGAUAGUACUACAACUGAAGAGUUUAUACCCAGAAGUAAGUGGAACAUUAGAAAAGCCAAUUGGAAUCUAUACACAACCUCAGUUGAAAAUUUUUUUAAUAGUGUUUACGAAAUGGACAGUACAUCUGAUAAAUAUUGCUUUCUAAUAGAUAGUAUGAAUCAUGCUGCGCACAUUUCAAUCCCGCAAUAUAAAACUUUUAAAAAUAAAAUUCGUUGUUCCCCACCUUGGUGGAAUACAGAAUGUGAUACAAUUAUUAAAGAAAGGCAAGAAGCACUGACAGAAUAUAAAAAAAAUGCUAAUUUUAAUAAUUAUAUAAAGUGUCAAGCUAGCAUGGCUAAAACUAAGAAGAAUCUAAAAUUGAUAGCUAAAAAGAGUUGGAAAGAUUUUGUGUCUUCUCUAAACAAAAAUACUCCAACUACAACGUUGUGGAAGCAAGCCAGAAAACUAAAUAGAAAAUCAAUUCCAAAUGCAUACAAUUUGGAUAACACCUUAGAGGAUGAAAUCUUUGAUAAAAUUGCUCCGCCAUCUGUUAAACCACCUAAUACUCAUAAUUAUAUUCCAGAAAAGCAAAGCCAUUUUUUACUAGAACCUUUUAAUAUUACAGAACUAGAAUAUGUUCUAAAAAAUCGAAAUAACACGAGUCCAGGAUUUGAUAAUAUUAAAUAUCCAAUGAUUCAACAUCUCCCUAAAAUUGCCAAACUUCUAAUGUUAGAUAUUUUUAAUUGUGUAAUCAGCAAUAAAUCAGUUAUUGAUCAAUUUCACGAUGUAAUUGUUUUACCAAUAUUAAAACCAGGUAAAAACUCAAAUUUGGCUCAGUCAUAUAGACCGAUUUCUCUUAUGUCCUGUAUGUUGAAAACUCUAGAACGAAUGAUAAAACACAGGUUGGAAUGGUGGGUAGAAAAAAAUAAACUUCUUCCAGAUUUUCAGUUUGGUUAUAAAAAAGGAUAUGGUACUUUAGACGCACUUUCUACACUAGUAACAGAUAUUCAAAACACAUUUUCCAACAACACCUAUUUACCUACUAUAUGCUUAGACAUUGAAAGUGCAUAUGACAAUGUCAGUCUUGACAUUUUAAGGGAAAAAUUGAUAAAACAUUUUCAUAUACCGCCUCAGUUGGCUGAAGCUCUUUAUAAUUUUUAUUCCUGCAGAAAGAUAUAUCUAAGAACUAAUUAUAAUAAACUGAUAGGCCCUAGAUAUAAUAAUUUAGGACUACCACAGGGAUCAGUAUUGAGUCCCCUUUUGUUUAAUAUGUAUACUGCGGAUUUGCAUAAAGUCCCUACUGACAUUUUUAAAUUUCAAAUAAUACAAUAUGCUGAUGAUUUUCUCCUGUAUUCACAGGCCAAAACUUAUGAUAACUCUGUUCAAACCUUAGGACGAAUUCAAUGUUGUGUUAAUUUAUGGUUCAAUCAAAACGGAUUCGAAAUAGCUCAAAAUAAAUCUACUGUCUGUAUUUUCACUCGACAUAAUAUCCCAAAAAUAGAGAAUUUAAAACUUAAUGGCUACGACUAUGCAUUUGCUUCUUCCAUUAAGUAUUUGGGAAUGAUUUUGGAUCGUAAAUUGACUUGGAAAUUACAUAUUGACUUUAUGAUAAAUCGAUGUAAUAAGGGUCUAAAUUUUCUUAAAUCAGUUUCAAGGAUCUGGUGGGGAGCUGAUGUUGAAACUUCUUUGCUUUUCUAUCGAUCAUAUAUUAGAUCUAUAAUUGAUUAUGGUAGUAUUCUAUAUGGCUCAGCUUCUAAACAUAUUUUAAACAAAGUAGACGUUGUACAAAACUUAGGACUCCGUAUCUGUUUGGGAGCUAUGAAAUCAACCCCAAAUAAAGCUUUACAUGUAGAAGCUUUAGAAAUUCCACUCAAUUAUAGAAGGAAAUAUCUCAGCCAGAAAUUUUUAAUGAAAAUUCGUUACCUAAAUAUCGGUCUUUACCAAAAUAUUAACAAGCUGAAUGUAGCAGAUUUAACUAAUAAAUACUGGAAGCUAAAGAACUCUCCUCCCCUUUGCGAGGCUUUUCGAGAUCUGUUAAAUUUUGACUGUGAUUAUAACAUGAUUGAUAGUUUUGGACUCGAAGAUUUUCAUUCUUUUUUACAUACAGUUAAAUUAGUAAAACCAAGUUACCAUGAAAACAGUAAUAUUAGCUCUAACAUCUUAAGAACAUUCUUAGAUAAUUGGCCAGAUUCUAUAAAUAUAUAUACAGAUGCAUCUAAGACGUUAGUUGGCACUGGAUGUGCCUUUUCAUACCUGCUACUAAAACAGAAAAAAUAUUUAAGUUAGGCCAUGAUUUUUCUAUCUUCAGUG